GCGUGCAAGUCAGGUGGAAAAAGAAAACAGCGCAGCCGGCAGCUUCCAGGACAGGAGCGUGGAGCACUUUUUUCAAAAAAAGUGUCUUUUAACUCUUUUCCUGUGAAUACUGCUACAAACUGGCAGACUUUUCCGUCAAUGGCGAUUGCCAAGACUGAGAACUCUUCUUUUGCGGUCAAUCUGUUUCGUGAUGUCUGACAACCAAAGAGGUUUUGCCGCGGCAACUGUGUCGUUAAGCAUCGGCUCGUCUGUUUCGAGGACUGUUUUUUCAGAAAAGCCAAAGGAAAGUGCCACGAUUAGUGCGAAACCAAAACUUUCUGAUUUGGCAGCCAGUAAUGCUGAAAAGGCUAACAUGUCCAAAGCAAAAAAUAAUGCAGUUUGGACCGAACAUAAAGCUCCUGAUGGCCGCACAUACUAUUACAACAACAAGACUAAACAAAGUAGCUGGGAAAAGCCCGACGACCUAAAAACAGCUGGAGAGCUUCUGCUGUCCCAAAGCCCAUGGAAAGAAUACAAAACAGAGACAGGGAAAACAUACUACCACAAUGUGAACACUAAAGAAACCAGGUGGACCAUACCACCGGAACUUGAAGAACUCAAGAGGAAAGUUACAGUCGAAGAAGAACAAGCAAUAACACCUGCUGUUGCCCCAACUACUCCUGCUGUGGUGAAACAAGCAGUGGCCCCAGCAAUUAAAGUGCAAGAAAAACCCAAAGGCUCUGCAUUAGAUCAAGCCAUGGCUGCAACGCUAGCGGCCAUUGAAGUUCCAACGCCAACAACGAAAAAUGAUGAAGACAGCAACUCUCACACUUCAUUACCUAGCAGUCGAACAGGCACUCCCGAGCCAAACAAAAUUUUCCGAGAUAAGAAGGAAGCUAUGGAAGCGUUUAAGGAAUUCUUAAAAGAGAAAGAAGUGCCCAGCAAUAGCUCCUGGGACCAGUGCUUGCGGAUAAUCCAAAAUGAUCCAAAGUAUUUGGCGUUCACCAAGUUUAAUGAAAAGAAACAGGCCUUCAAUGGAUAUAAAACACAAAGAGUAAAAGAGGAAAGGGAGGAGCAACGCCUACGAAUAAAAAAGGCAAAAGAAGAUUUGGAACAGUUCCUUUUGAGUAAUGAGAGAAUGUCUUCGACGACAAAGUAUUAUAAAUGCGAAGAAUUGUUCGGACAUAUGGAGUUUUGGAAAGUCGUAAAUGAAUCUGACCGGCGUGAUAUUCACGAGGAUGUUGUCUUUAAUUUGAUAAAGAGAGAAAAGGAAGAAGCCAAGGUUUUAAAAAAGGAGAACAUGAGAGGACUUGCAAAUGUAUUAGAUGCCAUGCCUAAUAUAACAUAUCGUACUACAUGGCAAGAAGCUCAGCAGAUGUUGCUUGACAACCACCAUUUUGCAGAAAAUGCAAAUUUGCUUGCAAUGGACAAAGAAGACGCACUAAUUGUGUUCGAGGAUCAUAUAAGAGAGCUUGAAAAAGAGGAAGAAGAAGAAAAGGAACGGGAAAAGAAAAGAACUAAGAGACAACAAAGAAAAAACAGAGAAAGAUUUGGUAAUUUGCUUGAUGAACUCCAUGAACAAGGAAAAUUAACCUCAAUGUCGCUGUGGGUGGAGCUGUACCCUAUAAUUUCUUCAGAUAUACGAUUCUCAGCUAUGCUGGGACAAUCGGGUUCCACGCCUCUGGAUCUCUUUAAAUUCUUUGUUGAGGAACUGAAGUCACGUUUCCACGAUGAAAAGAAAAUCAUCAAGGAAAUUCUCAAAGCAAAGAACUUUGAAGUCCAGGUGGGCACUACUUUUGAGGAAUUUGCUAUCGUUGUUUGUGAAGAUGGGCGGUCAGCUACCCUUGAUGCUGGAAAUGUGAAGUUAACCUAUAAUGCAUUGCUUGAGAAGGCUGAAGCUCGUGAGAAAGAGCGGCAGAAGGAAGAAAACAGGAAAUCAAGAAAGAUUGAAAUUGCAUUUAAAACUCUUCUAAGAGAAAAGACCGUCAACAUUGACACUUCCUGGGAUGAAAUACGACCUUUAAUUGAAAACGAUCCAAUGUUUGACUCGGUCACCCUAGAAUCGGAAAGGAUCAGAAUAUUUAAGGAAUACCAACAGGAAACUGAAGAAAUGUGUUCUCAUCACCACUCCCGCACUAAGAAGUCAAAGAAAAAUAAAAAGCAAAGGAGACGAUCUCGAUCGCACUCUCGUUCCGAGUCGGAAGAUGAAUCAUCUCGCAGAAAGAAAAAGGAAGACUCUACAUCUGAGAGCGAGCAGUCUGCCAUCAAAAUGAAAAAGCACAAGAAGAAAAAGAAAGGCGUUAGAAGCGACUCGCACUCAUCAGAUGCAUCGGAAGCAAGUUUGGAGCAACCAGACUCACCAAACAGCAUAUCUGCUGGCAGUGUAAACACUGAUGGUGAUCUCAGUGAGGAAGAAUUAGAAAAAAAGCGUCUUUUGCUCCUACAGCAGCUUGCACAGGAAAAUCAAUAGAAUGCAGAGCAUGUAUAUCUUAAAUGUGUAGAAUUUCAUUUUGCUACAAUUUUAGCUUUUAUGUGCCACAUAUAGUUAAUGAUCCAAAAAGCUCUGCCUCAUUUUUUUGUCAAAACAUUUAGAAAAUUAAUUGGACGGUAAAAUUGAUCAUUUGAAAUCACUCACUAUUUAGAAAAUUUGUCUUACGAAAAAAUGUAUAUAAGGACAUGCCUUGAGUCAAUAAAGUGCUGAUUUGAUUAU